CUCUAUGAUCUUUCGUGCACGGUGGGGGUUACUUCAUUUGGUUGUUGUGUCUGAGUAACUAGUCUGUGCGUUAAGAUUUAAAACUUAAAGUGUAAUACGAACUUUUUUAUCAUGACUCAACCUCACAGCAAGAAACGUGUUUGUUAUUACUAUGACAGUGACAUCGGUAACUACUACUAUGGCCAGGGACAUCCUAUGAAGCCCCAUCGAAUAAGGAUGACUCAUAAUUUGCUUUUAAACUAUGGGCUGUACAGAAAAAUGGAAAUUUACAGACCUCACAAGGCUACUGCUGAAGAAAUGACAAAGUUCCAUAGUGAUGACUACAUUCGCUUCCUUCGCAGCAUAAGGCCUGACAACAUGUCCGAAUACAACAAACAGAUGCAAAGAUUUAACGUAGGGGAGGACUGCCCUGUAUUUGACGGACUAUAUGAAUUCUGUCAGUUGUCAGCAGGCGGGAGUGUCGCAGCCGCAGUUAAAUUGAAUAAACAGGCCUCGGAGAUCUGCAUCAACUGGGGUGGAGGUUUACAUCACGCCAAGAAGUCUGAAGCCAGUGGCUUCUGUUAUGUGAAUGACAUAGUUCUGGGUAUCCUGGAGCUGCUCAAGUACCAUCAGAGAGUACUGUACAUUGACAUCGAUGUGCACCACGGGGACGGUGUGGAGGAGGCAUUCUACACCACAGAUCGUGUGAUGACGGUUAGCUUCCAUAAGUAUGGCGAGUACUUCCCAGGAACAGGGGACCUUCGAGACAUUGGAGCAGGGAAAGGCAAGUACUACGCUGUCAAUAUUCCACUCAGGGACGGAAUGGAUGAUGAUAGCUACGAGUCUAUCUUUGUACCAAUCAUCUCAAAGGUCAUGGAGACAUUUCAGCCCAGCGCCGUGGUAUUGCAGUGUGGCGCUGACUCGCUUACUGGAGACAGACUCGGUUGUUUCAACCUCACUGUCCGCGGUCAUGGCAAAUGUGUGGAAUUUGUAAAGAAGUAUGGGUUACCAUUCCUGAUGGUGGGAGGCGGUGGCUACACGAUACGCAAUGUCUCGCGCUGCUGGACGUACGAGACAUCGGUUGCUCUGGGCACCGAGAUAGCAAAUGAACUGCCGUACAACGACUACUUUGAGUAUUUUGGACCCGACUUCAAGCUCCACAUCUCGCCUUCCAACAUGGCCAAUCAGAACACACCAGAAUAUCUAGAAAAGAUCAAGACUAGACUAUUUGAGAAUCUACGAAUGUUGCCUCAUGCUCCAGGAGUGCAAGUGCAAGCGAUGGUGGACGACGGUAUCCGAGAGGAGUCCGAGGACGAGGACAAGGCAAGCCCGGACGAGAGGUUGCCGCAGGCGCUGCAGGACAAGAGGAUCGUGCCUGACAACGAGUUCAGUGACAGUGAGGACGAGGGGACGGGAGGUCGCCGUGACAAUCGCAGCUUCAAGGGUCGCAAACGACCUCGGCUGGACCCCAGCAAGCCUGGCGACGAGGCCAAGCUGGACGACAUGAAGGCAGAGAAUGACAAAGAAGAGAAGGUGGGAGAGGAGAUGAAAAGGGAUUCGGGCCCCAACCCCUGAUAAACCCUUUUUCCCCUUGUAAAUUCUUCUGAAGCUCAAGAAUUUCACUCUUGUUCUGUUUUCUACUCUGUGCAUUCAUCGGACUGAGGACCCAAUUUAUCGAUAGAUCUCCAUUUUCAGCUGAUUCCAGCAGUUGAAAAAUUGUUAUUCGUGAUAAAUGUAAAUAAGUUAAGCUACUUUUUUUCAAUUUCUAGUACAUAUACACAGUUCGUUGGCAAUAUAUCGGUGUUGCCAAAGUCGGUUGAAGCUGGAAUUAUAAAUUUUGCUGGGACUUUACAGAAAAAACUUGUGGAACUUUGAAUGUAAAAUGUACCUGCCCGCCCAGGACAAGCUGCCUGAUUGUCGAGGCCAUUCUUUCAGUUCCCUUUUGUGAAAUGUUAUUAACUUUAACAAAGCUUAACUGUAGACAUUUUAUAGAAUUUAUUUGUUGAUGCAUUUGUUAAUAUAUAUAUUUAUUUUUUAAUAUACUAGUAUUGAAAUCAUAAAUUAUGAUUUAGUUUUCAUUGUGAAAAGUAACCAAAGAAAUCGAUGGUUAAAUAAAUUUAAAAGGCAGUGUUUGUUUUAAAUAAAGUACCUCAAUGUUACAUUGAAGUUUGCCUUCUCACAUUCAACACUAAACAGUGAACUUGACACAUCAGCUCAGAGGCUGAGUGCUGUCCUGUGUCACUCAGACUAGCAUGGACACAACACCAAACUGGAUAUGUAACAAAGUAGAAGGAAAUUGUUUUCUGUCACGGAGCCGCCAUAAAGUAUUGUGCAGUAGAAGACCGUGCUAAACAAUAAAUUAAAAGCCCCGUUGAAAUAAAAAUAAACAAAUUAUUUGGACUGUACAUUCAUAUUUCCCUACUAUAAAAAAUUAUUUAAACACCAGUUCGUUUAAUUUAUUAUUUCAACCGUUCAUAAUUAUGGUGUUCCAAAAAAAUAAAUUAACUAAUUUGAAUUUCAAUUGUCUGCAUCCUUUUUUAAUAAAGAGUUGUGAUUUUUGCGGUGCAUUUUAGUUUCAUGGAUUUUGUAAGAGUGAUUUUUUCUCUUCUCAAUAUAGUUUCUAUUGCGUCAUCUUGUAUAUAAGCUUUGUGUGUUUCCUUAGACAGAUGAAAUAGAUGUUUUUUCCAAAAGAGAUAACUUGUGCAGGAAUUGUAAUUUUUUCACUAAAUUCUUUGGUAUUAAAAGUAACCACAAAGAGCAACAAAAAGUUCCUCAUAUUGAUUUAUGUGGCCCUUCCAUACAGAUCACACUAUUUUGGACACUGUUUAUUUUCUUGUAUUUCCCCAUGAUUUUACAGUAUUGUAAUGUAUGUAUAUAAAACUACAUCCAAUUUUUUAUUUCCUCUUUUUUAAGUGUGUUAUUCUAUUGUAAAACCGAUCUUUGUGAAAGAAAUCAUUUUUAACAUUUAUAUUGUGACAAAUGUACAUAUCUAUGAAGGUUCUGUAAGUUACGGAUUAGUUUAAGCAAUAACGUAAUGGGAUAUGUCAACAGUUUUAUUUAUUUUUAUUACUGUAACUUAAGAUAGGUACAUCAUCUAAAAGUAAUGAUGUUGGAAAAAUAAAAAAAAAUGCAAAACUGUA